CGCCCGCUCCCAUGCCGUUAUUAGCAUUUCUCCGCCGACGGAGUCACCCGCGUUCGACUGUCGCAUUGAGACAAAGCCUAGGCUGCGCAGGCUUGAUCGCCUUUGCUUCCGCGAAAGCGCGCGAACUGUAUCAAAUGUCACCGCGUUCUCAAUUCAAAAUUAUUGGAACACAUGAACGGACUGUGUGCUAGUGCUUAGAAUGUAAAAAAGUAAACAAAGGAGGUUUUAUGUGUAGUGUGUAAAAUGUGGAUGAAAAACUAUGGAUUGUCUUUGGUUUUCUUGUUCGCGCUCUACCUGGAUGUCGUUCCAGAUGCUGAAGGCAGUUUGAUGUCCAUGAUAGACUUUCGGUACUGGCGCUGUGUGAUGAAGCGCGAGUGGAAAUGUCCAGACAGUGAGAUUAAUUUCUUCCUAUUUACACCGGAACGCCCCUACCAGCAGUGGGUGGACGUGCGGUACCCGAAGCACCUGGUGGACUACGGCUGGAAGGCUUCCAGGAAGAACGUCCUGAUCAUCCACGGGUUCAACGGGACUCAUAGCAAGUCACCUAUGACGCUACUAAGAGAUGCGUACCUAUCCCGCAAAGACCACAACGUGUUCAUGGUGGACUGGUCGCCGCUCACCAGGUUUCCCUGCUACCUGUCGGCGUUAUCUAAUAUGAAGCUGACAUCCCAAUGUACAGCCCAGCUCUAUUCAUCUAUAACCCUGGCUGGGGGCCUGGCCAAGAUGACCACGUGCGUAGGCCAUUCCUUAGGGGCACACAUCUGCGGAAUGAUAUCCAACCACCUCACCGAGAAACAGUAUAAGAUUGUUGGAUUAGAUCCAGCGCGGCCCCUAGUCAACGCGUAUGGUUCCAGUUUGUUCAGGUUGGGGAGAGAUGAUGCACACGUGGUGCAUGUCAUCCAUACCAAUGCUGGUUUCUUGGGAGAGACUGGGCUAGUGGGCCACGCGGAUUUCUGCGUCAACGGGGGCAGGCUACAACCAGGCUGCAAGGGGCAUAUGAUGCGAAUAUCUCGAUGCAGCCACUUCAAGAGCUCCUGUUACUUCGCCGCCUCAGUGCGACGGAGGCUCAAGCUAGUGGGGGUGCCGUGUGACACCUCCUGCCCCAAAGAGAGUGGGAAGUGGGGCAUCAGGUUGGACAGGCGGUCCAUCAUGUUGGGAGAAGACACGCCGGCUUCCUCCCGUGGUAUGUACUGCGUUAAACUGAACUUUGAAGAGGACUGCCCAUUCGACUAAAUGUAUAUUUUAUUAAUUAAGUACAUUACGUUAUUUAACUAUUAGUUGUAAAUAAUUUAUUAUAGAUUAUAAUAGUUUAAGUGCACAAGCAAUACUGCAAAACUUUAUU